UGGCCUCGGUCACAGUCACGUGAGAACGCUGUCACGCUCCCUUAAUGGCAGGCUGGUACAUCCUAACUUGACUUUCUCCCGUAUCGACCUCGGAUCCUAGCGCGAACCUUGUAGGCUAAUAUGGUCAUUCAGCGUGCGGAAUGUCCUCGUGGUGGUCUGCGAAGACCCAGAGCACUAUACGAUUGCGGAACCUCGUCCUCGUUGCAUCCAGCAAGGCUUGCUACCUGUCUGCGUCGUCCCAGACGUCUGAACGACCCACUCCCCACCCGCACGACCGCUGAUGAUGAAGGCUGCUUUCACAGAAAUCGAUACCAACUACGACAUCAGCCUGCGCUUCUGCGUGGAGAACGUGCGGGACUUCUUCGAGCGCGGGGAUGAGCAGGACAGUACCCGUGUGGUUCGCGCGACGGACACGUUCGGACCAGGCUGGCACAUCAAAUGCAAGGCGACGAACUUCGACGGCGAGAACUACUUGUCUUGCUACCUCGUAGCUGGGUCAAUGGGAUACCCAACCCCGAUCUCAUUCUCCUUCGCUGGAGAGUCGUCGCAGGGAGGCAUACAGUACUUCAAGUUCAGCACAACUCAUACCUUUACCGCGUUCAAGGGAGCCGACUGGGGCUGGACGAAGGCCCUAUCAAAGCUCAAGGGCUGGGAUCGUUACGAAACGCUCCGUGAGGAGAAUGCACUCUAUAUCAGGGCGACUAUCCGGGCCCAAGUAGCUGCUGUGUACCCAGACAGAUGCCUCGAUCUGUCGCACGACGUGAUUACCACGGAGAGACCUACCGACGUUCGGUUUGUAGUGCACGCUUCGCGCGACAGAGCAGGGGAGCUCUCCAAGCCGCGCGAAUUGUUCGCCAACAAGGCAACCAUUAGGAGAGCUUGCCCUCUGCUAGCGAAAUAUAUUGACAACUUGGAUGCGGCUGCCGCAAUUGCACAGGAGCUCUUUGGUGAGGCCAAGCGCGGUCCUCACCAAUCGACCUCCAGUGCAAUUGGUCAGCACGACGACAAUACGUCCCAAGCAGAUAGUGACUGGGACUUUGACGACGAAGAGCAGGUUGAGAAGGCCCCGCACCCGCACCCUACAGCUGAAGAGACGGAAGGACGCCGGGAUGCAGGGGCCGUCUCCGAUACGGAGUCCUGGGAGGCCGGGGAUAUGUCCCCGCUCGAUGAUACUAUGUCGGACUGGGCUUUCGAAGAGACUAGACCUGCAAACGAAGUGGUAUCCAUUGCCCCUACUACGAUCGCAAUCACAGGUGCCGCAUUACCUACUUGGGAGGCUUUCCUAUUUUACAUAUACACCGGCGUGGUCGCCUUCGGGCCGCUGAAGAGCAGAGGUGAAGCCACCCGGACGGAGUUCAUAGCAGAUUACAGAGUACAUAACCCCCACCGGCCUGCACCAUGCUCGUGCAAGUCGAUGUACCGUAUCGCGUGCAUACUCGAUCUACCUGGCCUCAAGGAGCUUGCUCUGAAAGAACUGUCGUCACAGCUAUCGAAGGAGAACAUAGUGACGGAAAUCUUUACGGGAUUCACUGCAAAGCACGAAGAGGUGAUGGACCUGGAGCUUCGGAUAUUGAAGGAGCAUUGGGCCGAGCUCAAGGGCACCGAACAGGUCUCGGAGGUGCUGAAGAAUGUCGUCCGUGGCAAGCUGCCCCAUGCUGCAGCAGUCAUGGCAGAACUAUUGUGACGUCUAUAAUGGGCCGCGCUACACCAUUGGGUAAACACUGGGAGCGAAUGAUUGCGCAGUGAUGGGCUCUCCCGCAGGGAACCCACUGCAACGACACAGAAGCCUCGGCACACUAGGUGAUUGAAACCGCUAGCUAGUAUGUGCCCGUAGUAGAGGAUGAGCUCGACGACUGGAUACUACGCUAUGGUUCCUAACGUCACCCAACGCUGUGGCUAGGUCAAUGGGUAGAUUACUACGGCAACGGAGUGCAAGUACAUCGUUGGGUUUAUCGACGUCGUCUUUCCAGAAGCACCGAGGGUCCGUUCCGAGAUGGAGAAACGCCUACCGAAUCUGCCUGUAG